AUGGAUGAGUCGUUCGCUAAUCUACAGACGAGCCAUUUGCUUGGCUCAGUUCCUGCUGUGAUCAGCGACGACCAGAAAAGCAGCACAGAUGUACACAUAUCAACCGCAAAUGAUGGCCCAUCUGCAAGCAUGCAAAACUUUCCACCAAACCAAGGCAAAAACGCAAGAAAUUAUCAAACUCUUGAGACCCCUACAGAAGGACCAGGACCUGAGCAACAGCCAUCAAACACCUGGAAGGGGUUUUUCAACGUCUACUCAUACACUCAGUACUUCGACGUGGACACAGACGUUGUUCUCAACAGAUUGAUGAGCUCCUUGUAUCCCACCAGUGCUGAUUUUUUCAACAAGAUUGAUGCAAACCCUGAUAUGUAUGGACUUGUCUGGAUCUGCACGACGCUUGUGUUCGUGCUUGCUUCACUCGGAAACUGCGCCACUUAUCUGGUGAAGAAACGAACCGAUGCUAAUGCUCCUUGGGUCUUUGAUGUGAACUACAUAAAUUUGGCAGCAUCUGUAAUCUAUGGAUAUGCAAUAAUUGUGCCUCUGGUGUUCUAUUUCUCACUCCGGUAUAUGGGGUCCAAAGCUGAUCUCCUUAGAUUCUGGUGCCUCUGGGGAUACUCUCUCUUCAUCUUCGUUCCAACCUCUCUGCCAUUGCUGAUUCCAGUAGAGUUUCUGAGAUGGGUGAUUAUACUCUUAGCUGGUGGUGCAUCGUCGUGCUUUGUUGCUCUGAAUCUACGGUCCUACCUGGAAGCAGCGAGCAAUGAUGUGACGGUUGUAGUGGCUGUAGCGUUUGGUCUACAAAUGAUUCUUUCUCUCUUCAUCAAAGUCUGGUUCUUUCCUUAA